GUUAUGGUAACAUUUUUUACUACAAAUGUUAGUUCAGCAAAGAAAUCUGAGAUAGAAGGAAUGGAAAUGAAUGUAAUUGAUCAAUGUUGGAGAUUUAAUCCUGAAUGGAGGAAACAUCGACAACAACUUGCUAAUUGCUCGGUGGGAUAUGCGGGAAAAAUGACAAACAACAUUGGUAAAGACUUAAUCCAUUAUAAAGUUACCGAUCACAGUGACCACCCUUUAAAUCCAAGACCUGGAACCUUGAGAUAUGGUGCUUCUAAGAUUCAAGGUAAAGUUUGGAUCACAUUCCAAAGGGAUAUGGACAUUAAGCUUGUGAAACCCCUUCUCAUCAGUAGUUUCACCACCAUUGAUGGUCGAGGUGUCAAUGUCCACAUUGCAGAUAAUGCUUGUUUGAUGAUUUAUAAGGCAACCAACAUAAUCAUCCACGGAAUCAGGAUUCAUCAUUGUCAACCUCAAGCUCCUGGAAUGGUGAUGGGUGCCGAUGGAAAGAUAAUAUCAUUAGGUCAAGUCGAUGGAGAUGCAAUCAGAUUGGUUUCUGCUUCAAAAAUUUGGAUUGAUCAUAGCACACUUUUUGAUUGUCAAGAUGGUCUUUUAGAUGUUACACGAGGUUCCACAGAUAUAACAAUCUCCAACAACUGGUUUAGAGAGCAAAAUAAAGUUAUGCUACUUGGUCAUGAUGAUGGAUUUGUGAGAGACAAAAACAUGAAAGUCACCGUUAUAUACAACUAUUUUGGACCUAAUUGCCAUCAACGCAUGCCUAGAAUUCGUCAUGGAUAUGCACAUGUUGUGAAUAAUUUGUACAUGGGAUGGGUGCAAUAUGCAAUAGGUGGAAGUAUGGAACCAAGCCUUAAAAGUCAAUCAAACCUCUUCAUAGCACCCGCCACAGGGAAAAAGGAGGUUACAUGGAGAAAAAGUAGCAAUGAAAUUGGAGAUACGUGGGAAUUUUAUUCAGUUGGGGACGCUUUUGAAAAUGGAGCAUCCUUCGUUGAAACAAAAGGUGGACAAGUGAUAAAACCAAAUUAUAACCCUGAACAAAAUUUUAAAGUUGUUGAUGCCAAAUUUGUAAGAUCAUUAACAAGAUCAUCUGGGGUAUUGCAAUGUAGUAAAACAUCAAUAUGUUGA